CCCUUUAAUUCUCCUUUUUCUCUUUGGUCUCUGGUAUUCCCUUUGAGUGAUUCUCCACCUUGUUUUUCUCAAAGAACCCAUCAACUUUUAUAAAAGAAGACACAGCAAAUUAUAUUUAGCCAUGGUUUCUUCAUCUCUUCCAGUCUAUAUAGAUCCUCCCUAUUGGCAGCAGCCGCACAAUGAUCAACAAGGAACCGGAAGCACCGAGAAUCCUGAGCUUCCACCUCCUGGAGCUGGUGGUGGAUCCAUUAGACCCAGUUCGAUGGAGGAUCGAGCCAGGCUAGCCAAGCUUUCACAGCCAGAAGCCGCCCUCAAGUGUCCAAGGUGUGAAUCCACCAACACCAAAUUCUGCUACUUCAAUAACUACAGCCUCUCUCAGCCACGCCACUUUUGCAAGACUUGUCGGCGGUAUUGGACCCGAGGAGGAGCCCUUAGAAACGUGCCGGUAGGCGGGGGUUUCCGGAGAAACAAGAAGAACAAAAGAAGUAGCUCGAAAUCAUCAACUUCGACGGAGAAGCAACCCGGGUCGAAUCCAUCUGAUCAAAUCACUGCUCAUUUGCAGCAGCAAUCACCUCAUUUACCCUUCAUGGCUACUCUGCAAAAUUUUUCUCAGUAUGGCUUGGUGAACACUGGGUUCAACUUUGGUGGAAUUCAGAGUCAGAUAGAGACACCAAGUGGAACUAGUGGACAGGCUGAUAUGGGGUUUCAAAUAGGAACCCAUCAGCAGCUGCUGCAGCAGCAGCAGUUCCCUUUCUUUGAACAAACUAAUGGUGCUUUAUAUCCAUUUCAAAGUGAGGGUUUGGAAGCACCGUCGUCUUCUAGGGUUUCUCAGGUAGAUCCAGUGAAAGCUGACAGCAACCAGAGGCUAAAUCUAUCAGAAAAUAAUCAGUAUUGGGGAAGAAAUAAUUGGACGGAUUUAUCAGGUCUCAACUCUUCCACUACUAACCAUCUCUUAUAAGCUACUUUCAACCUUCCUUGAAGCUUUAAUGGCGGCUUUAUUGACAGAUAUUUCACAUCAAAGUUGACAGUGAGGAACUUGUUUUCAUCGUCAUCUACCGAAAGGAAAACAAACGAUUGGUAGAAUUAAUGUUGUUUCGUACUAUAUAUUUCGGGGUUUCCUUUUUCUUUUGCAUGGGCUUGUUUACAACUUCAAUCAUUUGUGUGUGUAUGUGAAGUUUUGGGAUCUGUUAUUUGACAUGAUAAGCUAAUUUUCUUUGUUAAAUAUCCUCCGAGCUAACUUCAUUGCCCUCGUGUCUAUGUCUUCUUAUCGCAUAUAUAACUGUUGGGGAUCAACAUUGUUGUUUUAG